ACUUCACGAAUAGUUAGUCCAUCGGUCGAGCGCAACAACAACGGUCCUAUACAUCACCAGGUCUACUCCAAGUUUGUGCGAAAAUGAUCUGCAAUUGGUGUUACAACAAUUUGGUGUUGCUGCUGAUGUCGUUGUCAUUGUGUCCUUGGAUUAGCGCCAAGUUACCUUCUUCUAUAAUACCAUGUAUUCGUGAUGAUCCUCAGAUAGAGCGCUGUAUAAUUAAUGCAGUGUACCAGAUAAAGCCGCGACUUAUGCAUGGGGAUCUAGGAGAUGGCUAUAAGACACCACCAUUGGAGCCCUUGUCUUUGGAUAACAUAGAACUCGGACAAGGCAGUCAGUUCCAGGCUGCGUUUAUCCAGCUCGAGGCAAGAGGAGGUAGCAAUUUUGUUAUUGAUCGUUUAAUUGCCAAACCAGUGGAUAUAUCCUACGAUCUUUGGAUAACUCUCCCGCGCAUAGACUUUAAAGGCAAAUAUUCUAUGCAUCUAAAUCUGCUGCUUUUGAAUAUAAAGGGAAGAGGAAACAUGCAGGGAUACGCUGAGAAUGCAGAGGCUUUUGUCAAAAUGCGUGGCACUCGCUAUUUGAAAAACGGAAAGGAGUAUGUAAAGUUUACCAAGAUGACCAUGCGCAUACAAUUUAAGGACUUUAAGUUAAACUUAGAAAACCUCUUCAACGGUGAUCGGAUUUUAGGUGAAGUGGGAAACACCCUCAUCAACAGCAAUCAGGAAUUAUAUCUGAAUGAAAUUAUUCCUGGUCUGGAGCGUGGUCUAUCUAAACAGUUUUUGGAUGUGGCCAACGAAAUCCUGGAAACCGCUACAUUUGAUGAAAUGUUUCCGCCAGGAAGGACUGUUAUUAAUCCCAUUACUUUUCCUUCAAUAUCGUCGGGACUUGGUCCAUCAAUAUUUGAACAGCCAAUCGCUUCGCGAAACCCUGCUGGUGGUAUUUUAGAUCAUCUACUACCUAAUAACUAGCCCCUUAAGCACUUCACCCUUGAAAACUAAGUCUAAGUCUGUAAUUUUUGGCGCGUCGAAUCUAAGAUAACCUUACACACACAUAUGUAUGUACAUAUGCACAUAUUUGUACCGAUAUGUUUAUCAAUGAAUACUUCAUAUAUUCAUACUGCUCUAAGUUA